AUGGCCGGCAGCAGCGGCACCGGCGGCAGCAGCGGCACCAGCAGCGGCACCGGCAGCGGCACCAGCAGCCGCGCGCCAUCUGCCGCCGCCGGGCGAGCGCCCUCGCCCUUUGCCAAGCCGCAGACGCGGAUACCCGGCCCGCCUCGCCCCGGCGACGCCGACGCGCCAGAGCAGCCUCGGCACGGCGGCCCGCCGCCGCCGCUGCGCGGUCGCCGCCGCGUGGCGGCACAAGACGGCUUCCGCCCGCCAGACGCGCAACUGGACCCACAGGCGGCCCUGCUGCUGGGCAGCCCCCACGAUAGUGGCGCCAUGGGCGGCGGCGGCGGCGGCAGCGGCACCCCGGCGCUGGGCUCCCCACGCGAGCAGCCCGCCGCCAGCUGGCACAGCUGCCUGACCCGCGAGCCGCUGCUGCUCUUCACGCUCCUCGGCGUGGCGGCCGGCAUCCUGCUGGGCGCCAUCGCCCUGAUCGGCUUCCCAGGCGACCUCAUGCUGCGCCUGCUGAAGAUGCUGGUGCUGCCGCUCGUCUCGGUCAGCAUUGUGUCGGGGGUGUGCAGUCUGCGGCAGGCAGACGGCGGCGGCGGCGGCGGCGGCGGCGGGCAGAGCAGCGUGCGGCGGCUGGCGCGCCUGGCGGCCGUCUAUUACAUAGUGACCACGGCAGUGGCGAUUGCGGUGGGGAUUGCGCUGGUGGUUGCCAUGCACCCGGGGCGGGGCGCCCCCUUUGAUGCCAUCGCAUCCGGCGCGGGCGGCUGCCGCAAGGCGCACGCCAAAAAGGUGGCCCAGGAGGCGGCAGGCGCGCAGGCCCAGCGCAAGAGCACCACCGAAGCGCUGAUGGACGUCGCGCGGCAGGCCCACGGCGUGCCGCUGGGCGCCUCGCAGCUGCUGGUCAUCGCCUUCACCGCCUCACUGGCGGCGGUGGGCGCCCCGGCCAUCCCCUCGGCCGGCCUUGUCACCAUGCUGAUCGUGCUGCAGGCGGUCAGCCUGGACCAGUACGCGCCAGACCUGGCGGUGAUCCUGGCGCUCGACUGGUUCCUGGACCGCUGCCGCACGGUGGUCAACCUGUUGGGGGAUGUGUAUGGUGUGGUGCUGGUGGACCACUUGCUGCAGCGGCGGCGGCGCGGCGGCGGGGGGCGCGACGACGACGGCGCCAAGCGGCAGAUACCCUACAUCCAGCUGGUGGACCCGCGGGUGUAG